CACACUGAGAAAGUGUGUGUCGCUCUUUCCCCUCUCCACUGAACUCAGCCAUAUUGUUGUUGAUCACAGUGGACUGUGGUCCUACCGCUGGCGGCUUAGAAGUUCAGAAGGGAUUAAACUUUCCGGAUUAACCGCGAGUGCGAGUUUGGAUUAUAUUUACUUCUAUAUACAUUUCUAUUAAAGCGGCUAAAGGUGUAAAAGGACAGCGGUGUACACGCGGCUGUUCUCCGGUUUUAACAUUGCGGUUCCUGCGCUGGGUUACUGAAAGAUGGUGGAUCGCUUGGCAAAUAGCGAAGCUAACUCCAAGCGCAUUGCAGUCGUGGAGGGCUGCUUUGGCACAGCUGGACAACCACUGGCCAUCCCAGGCCGUGUGCUUAUUGGCGAGGGCGUUCUCACCAAGCUGUGCCGCAAAAAGCCCAAGGCCCGCCAGUUUUUCCUCUUCAAUGACAUUUUGGUCUAUGGCAACAUCGUUAUCCAGAAGAAGAAGUACAACAAGCAGCACAUCAUCCCACUUGAGAGCGUCACAAUCGACACAGUGGCUGAUGAGGGUGAGCUGCGUAAUGGCUGGCUCAUCAAAACACCAACAAAGUCUUUUGCGGUGUAUGCCGCCACUGCCACGGAGAAAUCUGAGUGGAUGAAUCACAUCAACAAGUGUGUGUCGGACCUGCUGGAGAAGAGUGGCAAAUCGCCCACGGGCGAGCAUGCAGCAGUAUGGGUGCCUGACUCAGAGGCGUCAGUGUGCAUGAGAUGCCAAAAGGUGAAGUUUACGCCAGUCAGCCGGCGCCACCACUGCAGAAAGUGCGGCUUUGUCGUCUGUGGGCCUUGCUCUGAGAAAAAGUUCCUGUUGCCCAGCCAGUCAUCCAAGCCUGUGCGUGUAUGCGAGUUCUGCUAUGAGCAGCUCUCUACAGGGGCGACUCUGCCACCACGUUCGAACUCGUACAGUCGCACCAGCAACAUGUCUGAGGAUGAGGAUGAAGACGAUAGCAGUGACUGAGGGAGGAGAACCUUUGCGUUUGCUAUUUUAGGAAUAUCAUCUUCAUUUCAGGUCCCAGUGCUUUAGUGUCUUGCGUUUUUUGAACCAUUUGAAAUGAGCAAAGAUUCAGUGAGGGUUUUUGUUGAUGAAAUUUUUUUCAGUAAAAUAUAAAAUAAAUAAUAUUUUAAACAUAAAUAAACUUACCCUGAAAGCAUCGACACUAUAUGCAAAUGAGAGAAAUCCAGCAUGAAUCCUGUGCUCUUGAAUUCACAAAGAUUACUUGCAGGAUCACUAAGCCUUUUUUUAGAUUCCAUUUGGCAGAACUGUAGGAAUUCUGAGCAAUCCCAUUUGCAAAUAACAUAUCAUUUUCUUUUUUUCUUUUCAGCAGUCCAUAAUAUUUUCUUAUGAAUUUCCUUGGUAAAUCUCCCCCAAAAAAUAUAUAAGAAACCAUUUAAAUCACCAUGACACGGAAUGGAUGGUUGGCGCCUAUUUUUCACCAGAUGUUCAACCCUCCCUUAUCCAAAAUGCUUCCAAGUUAAUCACACUCUUUGUUUCUUGAGUUUCAUAUCAGGUACACAAGAGAAUAAAAUGGUUCACUACUGUGACUUUUUCCUCUAGCACACAUCUCUAAACAAGUGUGUAAACAUGUUAGAGCUUGAAAUUAGCAAAUUAUUUUAUGUACAGCUGAAUUUAUUUACUUAUGUUUUUUCCCAAAUAAUAAUUUGUAUUUUUUUUUUUUUUUUUACUCAAAUUACUAUUUUGUUUACCAACGAAUCAUAGACUGCUAUGGCACUGUUUUUUCCACAGUUCACUCAGCUGUUUCGGUGCUGAUGAUAUUUCUUUUCUAGCUGUACCCCUACCAGGACCUGUAUUUAUUACAGUGGGGAAAACAGAAGAAAUAUAGAAAGGAUCAAUAUUUUUUUUAAAGAGUUUAUAUGUAAAACUUUAUCUCCCAGUUAGUUCAUCCUUUAUAAUAAUACUCUUUGCUAAUGACAAAUCAAAAUUGUUUGAGUUAAAUGUAUAUAUUGUGAUUUUAUAGAUAAUAAUAAGUCGUCGUCCCAAAAUGUAACCCGACAAAGGCCUUUAAUGCCACAGUGCCUUCUUAAAUAUUUUUCUGUGGAAAUGAUUGAACCUAUAAAAGAAAUGUUCUGGUCUAUUAGCAAUUAGACUUUAUUCACUUGAGAUCUGACUUUGUAUUUAAACUCACGUAAAGCUCAGAAGGAACAUAGACGAGUGUAAAAGAUACUUUAGACUCCAGUUUAUAGUUUGCCAGUGCUGUCUGGAGAGUAUUUAACAGAAGAUCUUGUUGCCAUCUUGUUAAGUUAGUGCUAUAGUCCAUCAGAACUGGGUGCUGAAAUUCAAUAGAGGUUGAUGUCCUCCUCCCAGAAGUUCUCCUGGUGAUUCUAGUUGGGCUACACUUCAAUGACCCGUGUGGUCACACCCAUGUUUCAAACAGGAAUUGAGAUGAAGAGCAUUAUAAGGAACAUGACCUUGCCUUGUUCUACAUUUGGAAUCACACACAUGACUAAAAAUGCACUAAUACUUUGAAUUUUGGGUGUAAUGUUUCAUUUCUAAUAUUGUAAGACUGUCAUGAUCUAGCUUAUGUGUAAUUCAGUGCAUGGACUUCAAGUAGAAUUGCAGUUGAACAUGCAAGAUUAAUCUGCAUUUGUUCAUUUUGUUAGCUUUGUGUCUCAGUAAGGAUUUGUCAUAUGACUUUCACAACUGACAUUGAAAAGGGAAAUUAAAUGUUUUUUUGUUUUUUGGGCUGA